AUGGAUCCCAUCCGUGGUGAACCUGCCGUGAAAUUACGCUUGCCAUGGCGAGAUGUCACAUUUGGCCAAUACAUGCAUCAGCGCGCAAAAACACAGUGCGACAGGAAGACUCAUCGACAGUCAAGCCAUUCUUAUCCUGCACGACAAAGUGGUUCGCUGAGUCUUCUCCGGCGCAUUUCACGUGAUUCAGAGGAAGAUGCCAAUCCAACAGCUGCUGCUUUGCGGUGCCUACAUCCGUUUGUAGGGCACUGGUAUUUGGACCCGAGAACUGCAAGUCAUCCGCAAAAAGUAGACGUGGUCUUUCAAGAACAUCUGGAAAAUCGUUGA